AUGGAGAGCAAGAAGAAGAUAACGUGCUCCCUUGUCUCCGCCGUGUGUGUGGCUGUCAUCGGAUCCCUGCAGUAUGGGUACAACACAGGAGUCAUCAAUGCUCCUGAGGAGAUUAUCAAAAGCUUUUUCAAUGACACAUGGAUAGAGCGGACAAAACGCCCCAUCUCUGCUACUCUCCUAACUUCACUGUGGUCCCUCUCUGUGGCGAUUUUCUCAGUAGGAGGGAUGAUUGGCUCUCUUUCUGUUGGACUUUUUGUCAACCGAUUUGGCAGGCGAAACUCUAUGCUGCUGGUGAAUAUUCUGGCCAUUGUGGGUGGCACUUUGAUGGGCUUCUCCAAGCUGGCACAUGCCGUGGAAAUGUUUAUUAUUGGCCGCUUUGUUAUUGGUCUCUUCUGUGGCCUCUGCACUGGCUUUGUGCCCAUGUAUAUCAGCGAGAUCGCCCCCACUGCACUGCGAGGGGCAUUUGGCACACUGAACCAGCUGGGCAUUGUUGUGGGCAUCCUGGUGGCACAGGUCUUUGGCCUAGAUGUGAUCAUGGGAACGGAAGCACUCUGGCCACUGUUGCUGGGAUUCACCAUUCUCCCAGCCAUCUUGCAGUGCGCAGCCCUGCCCUUCUGCCCUGAGAGUCCACGUUUCCUGCUGAUCAACAAGAUGGAAGAAGAGAAAGCACAUGCAGUUCUCCAGAAGCUUCGUGGUAUCCAAGAUGUGUCCAGUGAUAUUCAAGAGAUGAAAGAGGAGAGUGCCAAGAUGUCCCAAGAAAAGAAGGUGACCAUUCCGGAGCUCUUCCGCUCCCCCAGCUACCGCCAGGCCAUCAUCGUUGCCAUUGCACUCCAGCUCUCUCAGCAGCUCUCCGGCAUCAAUGCGGUGUUUUAUUAUUCAACUGGAAUUUUCAAAGAAGCUGGAGUGCAACAGCCCGUCUAUGCUACCAUUGGCGCUGGUGUGGUCAAUACCAUCUUUACUGUUGUAUCGCUCUUCCUCGUGGAGCGUGCAGGGCGCAGGACACUCCAUUUAAUUGGUUUAGGAGGGAUGGCGAUCUGUGCGGGCCUCAUGACCCUCGCCUUGGUAUUAAAGACUACUGUUACCUGGAUGAGCUACAUCAGCAUUAUUGCUACUCUUGCUUUUGUGGCCCUGUUUGAAAUUGGCCCAGGGCCCAUUCCCUGGUUCAUUGUAUCGGAACUCUUCAGCCAGGGUCCUCGUCCGGCAGCUGUGGCAGUGGCUGGUUGCUCAAACUGGACAUCCAAUUUCCUGGUGGCCAUGCUCUUUCCCUACGCAGUGCUGUAUUGUCAGGCCUAUGUUUUCCUCAUCUUUGUUGGCUUUCUCAUCUUCUUCUUCUUGUUCACCUACUUUAAAGUCCCUGAGACAAAAGGCAGGACUUUUGAAGACAUCUCCAGUGGCUUCGAAAGGCGGACAGAAGACGGCGUUGCCCCAGCAACUGUAGAAAAAAGUCAGAUGGUGGAACUGACUAGCAUUUAGCCUAUUGAACAUGCUGCAGACAAUGUUUAAAGUGCGCCACUCGUGACCCUUGCUUAUCUCUGGGUAUAAUUCUGAUACUUUCCACAGCAAUUCUAUGUUUUCAUUGCUGCUAUUCAUGUUUUUCAGUGUGGCUGUGGAAAGUGUUCAAAAUACUGAGAUUUAAUGUAAAUCGGGGAGAGCCAUGUUACUUUAUUUAUUUGAUUAGAUGUAUAUUUUCUUCAUCUGUGGAAAAUAAUAUGGAUAGAAACACAAAAUAUUUUCCAAACAUUUGUCUACAACCCAUAAGGGUUUAUUUACUAGAGUUUAUUUAUUCCUGUGUCAUUUUGCUUGUAAAUAUUUAUUUUUAUGUAAAAAAUACUUCUAUGUUUUAAGAAAAAAUGUUUUAAGAUAAAGAAGUGUUUUAAGAGAUGGUGUUGUGAAUUGAGAAACAUGAUGACUGUAAAGGAUUUUUGGUGGUAGGUAAUAGCAUACCAAAGAGAAAAAAGGUUGCUCUGCACAUAGGUACAUGGCCUCUGCCACUUUUAAGAGUGAAUUAUGCCUUCAAGAAAACUGAGCCCUGGGGAGAACAAGCGUGACAUUUCUGUACUUACCAGAAAAUGUGAUGAGUGUGUUGAAUACCUCUCAUUAAGUAUUACUUGAAAAUUGUGAUGUUAAAGGGGCAUUGCAACUCGAUACAUUCAGUCAUUAUUCCUAUUCACAGAAUAAAGACUGCAGGCCGUUUCUGGUCUUUGAAGACAUGGCUGCUAAUGUGAGAACGUAAUAUAGGUAGGGGACCCUACGUGACUCUUUACCGCUAAGGACACGGCCUCUCGCGUUCUGCAGGGGCUGCCAUUUGGGCUGAGGGAUGAAAUGGCUCAAGCCAGACCUGGUGGCAUCUCAACAGUUUUCACAACAUUCCCUUUCUUUCUUUUAAGAGUAAGCAAAGUUUGAAAAUAGACUGAAAGUGAAACUAAAUUAGUUUUUCCAACACAUAUUUUUGUAAUCAAUUAUUUUAUUAGAUGAAAGCAUAUGGCAAUUUCUGAUCAGCUUAGGCUGGAGAUGAUGGAAUGCAGGAAUAGAGACCAAAGCUACUAAAACUUGAUAUUUCAAAAAUAAAAAAAGAUCUAAGCCCAUUGUAUCUGAAUAGCCUGAAGAAAAUAUUUAUUAACCAUAAUGAAUGUAGAUAACUAUUGUUUCUUUUGGCUAACUACUGUAUAUGUUAUCAGUAUAAUAUAUACAGAUUUAGCUAAUUAUUGUAUAUAUUUUCAGCAUUGUCAAUGGGGUAUGUUUUCUUAUAGGUGCAGAAAUAUAAAGAAUUUUAAUAUGGGUGUGUCUGUGUGUGAAUGUAAAUGUGAAUGAAUGCAUUUCAUUGGAGGGAAAAGCCUCUGUGUGUUAAUGUGUCUUCUCCUGUUCAUAGUGAGGGAAUGGGAAGAUGUAUUGAAUCUGUGGGUAUAUCUACACCAUAACCUUAAACCAAUAUUACCAUCAUUCCCCCUUUCCAGGGGACCCUGGGAACUGUAGCUUGGAAGACCUCCAAUAGAAAAUGUUCAGCACCCUUGGCAAGCUACUAUUCCCAGUAUUCUUUGGGAAAUGACAGGCAGUUAACAUGGUAUAAAAUAAAUGUAAGUUUGUAGUGUAGACAGGGCAUCUGCUGCUGCUGCUGCUGCUAUGGCUUUCCCUUCAGCAUGAUGGUGUGUGUUUGCCGUUUGUUAUUUAAUUAGCUAGGAGGCUCUGAAGGAAGAGAAUCUUUGGGGUCAUGUCUACUGUCCUGAAGGAUUGCUAACAUCCAUAGCUGAGUUUCACAUGAAUGAAUCACUUUUCCAGAACCACUGAAAGCAAAAUAAGAUGGCCAUAAAAAUUGGAAAUAGAAAGUCUUUACUGGUUAAUUUUACCAUCCUAGUCCAAAUACUGCCUACAUACUGCUUCUCUUUACUGCUUCGCUCAUCCCAUUAGAUAGGGCACUGUUUGUGUAGUUGGAGCAGGUUUAUUGUAAUUAUGCCAGAGCACAAGAAUUGGAUAUAGAUUUUGCAGCUGGGAUUCUCAGAAAUUGGUAUCCCAAAUCUUUGUCCCUCAUGAUUUGAAAUAUUUGGCUUACAAGAAGGACAUAAAAAGCCUCUCUUUUUCUCUCCCAAGCUGCAUUUCUCCAAGAGGUAGUGAAAAGAUUUUUUGUGGCUAGUUCUCCUUUCCCACAUAUCAAAACAUCCUGGUGAGGUAUAGUUCUGGUGGUGCUCUGAGAAUUCUCCUUUUGCUUAAUACCUUCAUCCAAAUAUCUGUAACUUACACCGAGUCUGCAUCACUAUUUUAUAUAUAUUUUUACAGCCUCUGGAAAAAAGUUGUUUUGUGACAGCUUAUAGACUAACACAUUUUAAAUGGUAUAAGCUUCUCUGGACCCCGGCCACUUCAUUGGAGACAUCUUUAGAACUUGAAAUCCCCAUUAUUGGAGCAAAUGAGUUUGUUUCCAUUCCUCCAGCUUUCAAUAGAUGAAUGUUGGCAUCUACUGAAAAACAAAAUCCUUUCUGUGUGGGUGCAACAGCCUUCUACAUUGUGCGUUCCACUAUUUGUGCAAUGCCUCAAAUUGAAAAGUGUAUGUCAUUCUUUUUGUUGUCUGUGUUGUGAAGAUUUCCCAUUGGUUUUAUAAGUUUUCUUAUUGUGAAUAUGUUUUUAAUAAAAACAAUAAAAAGUUUCGAUGGAAA